AUGGAUAGAAAAGAAAAAAGGUUACAGCUCUUGGGCGCGUUGGGAAUUGUGAAAGAAGCCUUCAGAAUCAUGCGCUCUCAGGCUAAAUUAUUGGGGACCAUAACUCUCGUGUUAAUUCUGCCAUUCUAUUUGAUAACAGUGAGACACAGUUUGAUGACACCAUUUCUUCUCGCUAUGAUGAUCAUUCCCAAGCAAAUAACUGAGGACCGCAGUUUGCCCAUCUUGCAAUUGACGGAACUUUUAUUGCUGGAAAUUUUCUACGCUGAUUUCUUUCAUGCGGCGUUGAUGCCCUCCAUGGCGGCAGUAGGGUACACUGUGGCCAACGUUUACAGAAAAAAGCACCAAUCCUCCUUCGCGAGGGUUAUGAGACUCCUUUCUGCAGUGUGGAAGCCUAUGAUGAUAACUUGCCUGUGGUAUUUUAUCAUUGAUUUCAUGAUUUUUAUGACGUCUGGAUUUGCUAUGUGGAUACUAGCGUUGGGUUUCUUAGAGUUGGGUGAGUUGCGUAAUUCGUAUUCGAUACUAUUCUAUCUUAGUUUUAUAGUUGUGUGUAUGGUAUUAUUCCUGGUGAGCGUGUACGUGAGAAUGGUGUUUCAGGUGGCGAUUGUGGUGUGUAUUUUGGAGAAAAGAUAUUGUGGGUUGGAGGGCAUGAAGAAGAGCCACCGUCUUAUUCAUGGAAAGCGCACUGCAGCGUGUGUACUCGCCAUAGCCUACUCAGGAAUUUCUAAUAUGUCAUGUUUUACAGGGUCGAAGGGAGAUGUGUACGCUGUUGGAUUAGGGGCAAAGAUAGCGUACGGAACAGCGUGCUUGGUAAUGGCGUGUGUCGUUGCUUUGAUUGGAAUGUUAACGCAGAGCGUUCUUUACUUUCUAAGCAGAUCUUACCAUGGGGAAAGGAUAGAGGAAUAG